AAAAAACCCCCAAGAAGAAAUCGACACAGAGAAUAGGAAUGGUAGAAUUCCACGAGCAUAUAAUCAGCGACCUCCUGGAGGAUCCUAUCGGCGGCGUUGUAGUGGUUUCCGCCGGCCUCGGUCUCCCUAAGUUGAUAUCUUCCCUCCUUAGCCUCCACGACCCUUCCCAGGGUUCCGUCCUCAUCCUCAACGCCUCUCCUUCCCAGAAGAAUUCCAUCGACACCGAUUCUCAAUUAUCUUCCAUAACCUCCGACCUCCCCUCCCAUCACCGCCUCUCCUUCUACACCUCCGGUGGAAUCUUCUUCAUCACCCCUCGGAUUCUCAUCGUUGAUUUGCUCACUCAACGCCUCCCCACCACCUCUAUCGCCGGAAUUAUCCUCCUCAAUGCUCAUUCUCUCUCCGACACUUCAACUGAGGCUUUCAUUGUCCGGAUUAUGCGCUCAUCCAAUCGUUCUCUCUAUGUUCGAGCCUUCUCCGACCGCCCCCACGCCAUGGUCUCCGGCUUUGCUAAACCUGAGCGCCUCCUUAAGUGCCUAUUUCUCCGUAAACUCCACCUCUGGCCUAGAUUUCAGGUGUAUGUUUCCCAGAAUUUGGAAAGGGACCCUCCAGAAGUAGUAGACAUCCGGGUUCCAAUGUCACCAUACAUGAUUGGGAUUCAGAAAGCAGUGAUCGAAGUAAUGGACGCAUGUUUAAAGGAGAUGAGGAAGACUAACAAGGUUGACGUGGAGGAUUUGACAGUGGAGAACGGUUUGUUCAAGUCUUUUGAUGAGAUUGUAAGGAGACAAUUGGAUCCUAUAUGGCAUACAUUAGGGAAGAAGACAAAGCAGCUUGUUUCAGAUUUAAAGACGUUGCGCAAGUUGUUGGAUUACCUCUCCAGGUAUGAUGCUGUGACUUACCUGAAGUAUCUGGACUCACUUAGAGCCUCUGAAAGUUUUCGAUCUGUUUGGAUCUUUGCUGAGUCCAGUUACAAGAUUUUUGAGUAUGCAAAGAAGCGGGUUUAUCAUUUUGGUCAGUCAGAAAGUGGAAAAUCAAUUGGAGUGAGUCGGACCACAUCCACCAGGAAGAGAAAACUAGAUGAAAAGAACAAGGACGGAGAUGAUUCUUCAGCAAGUGCAAGUAGUGGGUUAAUUUUGAAGGAAAUCUUGGAGGAACCACCAAAGUGGAAGGUUUUGCGUGAUAUUCUCGUAGAGAUACAAAAAGAGGGACAAAAGCAAUCAAUGGCAGGGCAAGAAGAAAUACAUGGGGAUCUAAAUGGAAUUGUUCUUGUGGCAUGCAAGGAUGAACAUUCCUGUAUGCAGCUUCAAGAUUGCAUAACGAAAGGCCAGCAUAAGGUGAUGCAAGAGGAAUGGGAAAAAUAUUUGCUAAGCAAAGUGGAGCUCCAGGCUCUACCAAAAUAUGAUAAGAAGAAACCGAAAGCACCUAAAGGUUUUGGGGUUCUUGAUGGAGUUAUUCCGUCGGUUUCCGGACAAAAAGCCGAAGUUAGUAGCAUAAGCAAGCCCGAAAAUGAUGCGCUGAUGGCUGCAGCAUAUGAAAUAAGUAAACAAGCAAAAAAGGAUACUGAUGUGAAAGAUGGUGGGGCCAAUGAAGAACAUGCUAAAGGAAAGAAAAAUGGAAGAAAAAACAAAAAACAAAUGAUUGGUAAAACUGACCGUGAAUGUGAAACUAGUAUUCAAUCCGAGACUCCUCACUCAAACCAAAAAGAAACAGUAAAUGACCAGAAUCUGUCGGCAGCUGGUCAUCUUCUUGGUGAUGCUACUGAAGGUAACUAUAGAUGUGUUCUUCAAAAGCAUGAUGAUCAAGGACCAGAAAAUAACAGUGCCUUCUCAUCAGUUCAUUUCCAUGCCCUGGAGAGUAAUCAGAGUUUACUUGAUAUUUUACAGCCCUCUGUCAUAAUUGUUUACCACCCUGACAUCGCUUUUGUCAGAGAAAUAGAAAUUUACAAAUCUGAAAAUCCAUCGAAGCGAUUAAAAGUGUACUUUCUAUUCUAUGAAGAUUCCACUGAGGUUCAGAAAUUCGAUGCAAGUGUACGUAGAGAAAAUGGAGCAUUUGAGUCCCUGAUCAGGCAGAAAUCUCUUAUGAUGAUACCAGUCUGUCAGGAUGAGCAGUUUCUUGGCGUAAAUUCUUCACAAGAGCCGCAAUCAAUUGCCGCCCAAAAUGUGAUUACCCGAAAAGCUGGUGGGAGGAAGGAAGCUGAAAAGGAAAUGCAGAUCAUAGUUGACAUGAGGGAAUUUAUGAGCAGCCUUCCAAAUGUGCUCCACCAGAAGGGCAUGCGUAUUAUACCAGUGACAUUGGAAGUAGGAGAUUACAUAGUAUCCCCAUUGAUAUGUGUCGAGCGUAAGAGUAUACAAGAUCUCUUUGGCAGUUUUUCAUCUGGUCGUUUGUAUCACCAGGUGGAAAUGAUGUCACGUUGCUAUCGGAUACCUGUUCUGCUGAUCGAGUUUUCACAAGAUAAAAGCUUUUCAUUCCAGUCUGCAAGUGAGAUUGGUGAUGAUGUUACACCAAAUAGCAUAAUGUCAAAGUUAUCACUGCUUGUUCUUCAUUUUCCCCGUCUCCGUAUCGUCUGGUCUCGCAGUUUGCACGCUACUGCUGAAAUAUUUGCCAUGCUUAAAGUAAACCAGGAUGAGCCAGAUGUGGGCAAGGCAAUUAGGAUUGGUGUCCCAUCGGAGGAUGGCAUUAUCGAAAAUGAUAUUAGAGCGGAAAACUUAAAUACAUCAGCUGUCGAGUUCCUUAGACGGCUACCUGGAAUUACAGAUUCAAACUACAGGUCAGUAAUGGAUGGGUGUAAAAAUUUGGCAGAAUUUGUGCAACUUCCAAUGGAGAAGCUAGCAGUAUUGAUGGGUGGUCAUAAAGCUGCAAAAACAUUGAGAGAUUUUCUUGAUGCCAAGUAUCCUACCUUGCUUUAGAAAACUGUCUGUCAACAAGUUUAUAUUAAUCAUCUUCUGUUUGUUUUAGUAAGUAGCUUCAUUUUUAUUUAUUAGAGUUUCAGAGGCUUUCUCAAUAUAAAUGAAUGAAUGGCCCACACACACACCACUAUCAUUUCUGCUUCAAUUGUCUUGUAUUCAUAUUUGGGAAGAUCAGAGAAAGUAUUCGUUUCAAUAUAGUUCUAGUACUCUUCA